GUUGUUGUUUGAUUGUUGGUUGGUCUUUUCGGUUGUUCUGUUUGUUAAUAUUAUUUUUUUCUCGUUUAAAUAUCAUUCAUCGAUUUUGUAUCAUCCAUAUACAACGCGAUUAUUUUCACAAACAAAAAAAACGAUCCAAUUCGAAAACAGAUAAAGAGUAACAAUGUCGGCACGUACAGCAAAAUAUAUGUACCGAUCCAGUGGUGCUGGUGCUUCGGGUGAUAUUUCCGUUGAAUAUGGUACCGAUUUAGGUGCCUUAACACGACUUGAGGACAAAAUCCGACUAUUAUCCGAUGAUCUGGAAUCCGAACGUGAAAUGCGACAACGCAUUGAACGUGAAAAGGCCGAAUUACAGAUCCAGGUAAUGAGCCUAAGUGAACGUUUGGAAGAGGCUGAAGGAUCAAGCGAAAGUGUUACCGAAAUGAACAAAAAAAGAGAUUCAGAAUUGGCAAAAUUAAGAAAAUUAUUGGAAGAUGUUCAUAUGGAAUCGGAAGAAACUGCACAUCAUUUACGACAAAAACAUCAAGCUGCCGUACAAGAAAUGCAAGAUCAAUUGGAUCAAUUACAAAAAGCAAAAAAUAAAUCGGAUAAAGAAAAGCAAAAAUUUCAAGCAGAAGUUUUUGAAUUAUUAUCACAAUUGGAAACAGCUAAUAAAGAAAAAUUAACAGCAUUGAAAAGUGUCGAAAAAUUGGAAUACACUGUUCAUGAAUUGAAUAUUAAAAUUGAAGAAAUCAAUCGUACAGUUAUUGAAUUAACAUCACAUAAACAACGUUUGACACAAGAGAAUACUGAAUUGAUCAAAGAAGUUCAUGAAGUUAAAUUACAAUUGGAUAAUGCUAAUCAUUUGAAACAACAGAUUGCCCAACAAUUGGAAGAUACUCGCCAUCGUUUGGAAGAAGAAGAACGAAAACGUUCCAGCCUCGAGAAUCAUGCCCAUACAUUGGAGGUUGAAUUAGAAUCAUUGAAAGUGCAAUUGGAUGAAGAAUCUGAAGCACGUUUAGAAUUGGAACGUCAAUUGACCAAAGCUAAUGGUGAUGCUGCAUCAUGGAAAUCAAAAUAUGAAGCUGAAUUGCAAGCACAUGCCGAUGAAGUCGAAGAACUUCGUCGCAAAAUGGCUCAAAAGAUUUCUGAAUACGAAGAACAAUUGGAAGCUUUAUUGAACAAAUGUAGUUCAUUGGAAAAACAAAAAUCCCGUCUUCAAAGUGAAGUUGAAGUAUUGAUUAUGGAUUUGGAAAAAGCAACAGCACAUGCACAACAAUUGGAAAAACGUGUCGCACAAUUGGAAAAGAUUAAUUUGGAUUUGAAAAAUAAAUUGGAAGAAGUUACCAUGUUGAUGGAACAAGCACAGAAAGAACUUCGAAUCAAAAUUGGUGAAUUGCAAAAAUUGCAACAUGAAUAUGAAAAAGUUCGCGAUCAACGCGAUCAAUUGGCACGAGAAAACAAAAAACUUACCGACGAUCUUGCUGAAGCUAAAUCACAAUUGAACGAUGCUCAUCGUAGAAUCCAUGAACAAGAAAUUGAAAUCAAACGAUUGGAAAAUGAACGUGAUGAAUUGUCGGCUGCAUACAAAGAAGCUGAAACAUUACGAAAACAAGAAGAGGCUAAAAAUCAAAGAUUGAUUGCUGAAUUGGCACAGGUACGACAUGAUUAUGAAAAACGUUUGGCACAAAAAGAUGAAGAAAUUGAAGCAUUGCGCAAACAAUAUCAAAUUGAAAUUGAACAAUUGAAUAUGCGUUUGGCUGAAGCUGAAGCUAAAUUGAAAACAGAAAUUGCACGAUUAAAGAAAAAAUAUCAAGCACAAAUUACUGAAUUGGAAUUAUCAUUGGAUGCCGCUAAUAAAGCUAAUAUUGAUUUACAGAAGACGAUUAAAAAACAGGCUCUACAAAUUACGGAAUUACAAGCCCAUUAUGAUGAAGUACAUCGUCAAUUGCAACAAGCUGUAGAUCAAUUAGGUGUUACACAACGAAGAUGUCAAGCAUUGCAAGCCGAAUUGGAAGAGAUGCGCAUCGCAUUGGAACAGGCUAGUCGUGCUAAACGACAAGCUGAACAAUUACAUGAAGAAGCUGUUGUACGUGUUAAUGAAUUGACAACAAUCAAUGUUAAUCUAGCAUCAGCUAAAAGUAAAUUGGAAUCUGAAUUCUCUGCACUUCAAGCUGAUUAUGAUGAAGUACAUAAAGAAUUGAGAAUUUCCGAUGAACGAGUACAGAAACUUACAAUUGAACUUAAAUCAACAAAAGAUUUAUUGAUUGAAGAACAAGAACGAUUGGUAAAAUUGGAAACAGUGAAAAAAUCAUUGGAACAAGAAGUACGUACAUUACAUGUUCGUAUUGAAGAAGUUGAAGCUAAUGCUUUGGCCGGUGGUAAACGUGUUAUUGCUAAAUUGGAAAGCCGUAUUCGUGAUGUUGAAAUUGAAGUUGAGGAAGAACGACGACGACAUGCUGAAACGGAAAAAAUGUUACGUAAAAAAGAUCAUCGUGUCAAAGAAUUGUUGUUACAAAAUGAGGAGGACCAUAAACAAAUUCAAUUGUUACAGGAAAUGACUGAUAAAUUGAAUGAAAAGGUUAAAGUUUAUAAACGACAAAUGCAAGAACAGGAGGGAAUGAGCCAACAAAAUUUGACACGUGUCAGACGAUUCCAACGUGAAUUGGAAGCAGCCGAAGAUCGUGCCGAUCAAGCUGAAUCGAAUUUAUCGUUUAUCCGUGCUAAACAUCGUUCAUGGGUAACAACAAGCCAGGUUCCAGGCGGUACCCGUCAAGUGUUCACAACGCAAGAAGAAACAACCAAUUAUUAACAAACAUCAGUUUAAAUUCUCAAACUUAAUUUAAAUUUAAUUUUAAAUCAAAA